AUGAGGCGGCCUGGUGCAGCGCAUUCAGUAGCCUGGAAACAUCACAAACGGGAGAUUCAGCUGGGUUCCAGUCAGUGCACGUCUUCACCAGCUGGCUGUGAUGUUCGUCUGAUAUGUGAAGUUCGUUGGAUGGGCCCGUUUUCUUCAGAGCAGCGUUCACCCACCAAACUGACCAAUCGAAUGCAAGUACAAUCAAGCGAUAAACUGAGCUCCGCUAUGUCGGACCACCCCACCACGGGCGAUGACACGUGCACCCCAAAGCGAACUUAUUCGCUCAACCGCUCACUUGAUCUCUCCACCACCCCGCUCCGUCAAAAUCGGUACCAUGGACGAGCCACCACGAGCCCCGGACAGGAGGGAGUAGCCCGCUUGUACACCCCCUGA